CCGCGGCUUGUUCGGUUGACCUCGAAUCAGUCAUUCGUGAACCAGAAAGCCUCCAUCUUUAUCACAGUAGAAACAACAGAGACAGCGAGGAAGACGCUUCUGGCCCUUUCUCCCCCCGACCUGUCUGAUCAUAUCCCAAAUCCCAAAUCCUCAAAGCCAAUGGCUCCAGACAGAGGCACGCGUUCCAGAGGCUCCCCUACCGCCUCCUCGGCCUUGCUCGCCCCCGCGGCCGAGCCCAGAGCCACAGAGGACCAUGGCCAGGACGUGAUCGAGGGCCAGAGCUUCACCUUUCGUGGUGUUGCCGUUGGCAUCGUCAUCGGGAUCGUCCUCGCCUUCUCCAACAUGUACUUUGGGCUGCAGACUGGCUGGAUCAGCACCAUGACAAUGCCGGCUUCGCUGCUGGGCUACGGCUUCUUCAGGACGCUCUCCCGACAUCUCAAGCUCCCCUUUACUCCAGUGGAAAACGUGCUUGUUCAGACCGUCGCUGCAUCCGUCGGCAUUGUGCCCUUAGGAGCUGGGUUCGUUGGCGUGAUCCCUGCCAUGAACUAUCUGCUCCUCCCAGAAGAGAUGGGUCCCUUCAAGAUGACGACAUGGCAGUCAAUCGUCUGGUCUCUCGGUCUAUGUUAUUUUGGCUGUGUUUUUGCCGUUUUGCUUCGGCGUCAGGUUGUCAUCAAGGAGCGCCUGAGGUUCCCCAGCGGCUUUAGCACGGCAGUCCUCAUCGGGGUCUUGCAUGGCCAAACCCCCAGGAAAACCGAAAACGGCCGACCAGACUCCUCGGGCGGCUUUGCGAGCCUCGCGGGUCAGCCGAAAGGCCUUGCCGUGCCCGGUACCGAUGAUGCGAGCGAAGAAGCGACUCCGUCCCAGAGUCAGGAGUGGAAGGCCAACCUGCGUCUCCUCUUGAUCUGCUUCUGCAUCUCGGGCGUCGCCACCGUAGCAACCUAUUUCCUCCCCGUCCUCCGAAACCUGCCCGUCUUUGGCUCCGCAGCCGCAGCCUGGCUUUGGACCCUCAACCCAAGCCUCGCGUAUGUUGGCCAGGGAAUCAUCAUGGGCCCUAGCACAACUAUCCACAUGCUCAUCGGUGCCAUCGUGGGCUGGGGCAUCCUUUCGCCCCUGGCUAAACAUCAGGGUUGGGCUCCUGGCUCGAUUGACGACUGGGAAAAUGGGUCCAAGGGCUGGAUCGUCUGGACUUCGCUCUCCAUAAUGCUGGCAGACGCCAUUGUCAGCCUCGGCUUCGUUGCCACCAGCUCUCUGUGGCCCGUCGUCCGGCCGCUCGUGGGUCGUUUACGCUGGUGGAAACCCGCCGAUGACGAGACGUCAGGACAACGCGGCGUCUACGCACCAGUGGGCUCAUCCUCAGCGCCGCAAGCCGAGGACCAGGACGGGAACGAUGCUGCUUCCGACAGCGCCGACGACCAAGCGCGCGACUGCCCUCCGGACCAGGACAUCAGCCCUCGCUUCGCCUUCAUUGGGCUGCCCAUCUCUAUGGUCUUCUGCGUUGCCGCCAUCCGCUAUGUCUUUCAGGAUAUCGUGCCGCUCUACGCCAUCGUGACAGCCGUCUUGGUUGCUAUUCCCCUAUCCGUCAUUGCGGUCAGGGCCAUGGGCGUCACGGACCUGAACCCGGUGUCGGGCAUUUCAAAGCUGGCGCAGCUGUUCUUCGCCCUCGUCAUCCCACGGUCCAACAAGGCGGGGAUUCUCAUCAAUCUCGUUGCUGGUGCAGUUUCCGAGUCGGGCGCCCUCCAAGCUGGAGAUCUGAUGCAGGAUCUGAAAACCGGCCACCUCCUGGGCGCCGCUCCCAAGGCCCAGUUCCUAGGGCAAGUCAUCGGGGCCACCGUCGGCGCUGUGGUUUCGGCGCUCAUCUACAAGCUCUACACGAACAUUUACGAGACCAUCCCAAACGAUCUUUUUCAGGCCCCCACCGCGCUCGUCUGGAUUUUCACGGCAAGGCUGGUUGCUGCAGGCAAGGGCCUGCCGCCCAUGGCCACCGAGUUUGCAACUGCUGCCUUUGGACUGUUUGCUGUAAUAACCGCCAUCAAGAUGAGAAACCCGCGGGCGGCUUACCUGCCAGGAGGGCUGGCGGUGGCUGUCGGAAUGUACAACGUGCCGUCUUUUACUCUGGCCCGGACCGCCGGCGGUCUUCUCUGCUGGUACUGGAAGACUCACAGGGGUCGCGAAGACACGCCUUUGAUCAUCCUUGCAUCGGGGUUCAUUCUCGGCGAGGGUUUUCUAAGCAUCGCCAAUCUGCUGAUGCAAUCAUUCGGUGUGCCGCAUCUCUGAGCAUCAUCAUAUCUAAGUACCGACGAUACGCCUACGUCAGUAACAGGAGCUCACCACAGCGUACAUCUGCAUAGAUGCUAAAAGAUUAAAACCUACUUACUACUACCAAAUAGCCACAUCGUAAACCCAAGCGUGGCCCGUGGGGCCGGCACAGAGCGUGCGUGCAGGCAAGUCAGAUAGAAGUGAGAUGACGGGAUCAGGUACCGACGCCUGGAGGGGGGCACGGGACAAUGAGACAUGACUCUGCUACUUGCCCAUCUUACUCAGAUAGCCCUUGAAACCGAUGUUUUGGAGAUCCCUGUCUUUUGCCAACACCGCAUCCUCCAUAUCCAAUUGAUACCUCCUCAUGUGGUCCUG